CCUAAACUAAGGGGUUUAAGGAUCAAAUCCUUAAUCACGUGGCAAGGCGGGAGUGGUCGUGGUAGGGGUUGUGUUUCGUAUGUGGAAAAAACAUUCAUUCUCUUUCUCCGUCUCGAAAAAAAAACUCUCCCGAAGGCGAAAGGCGAUUCAGAGAUCGUGAAACGGUGAAGGUAAAUCGCGUGCUCUUAACUCAAUAUUUUUGGAUUAGGUGUUGAUGCAUGUUGAUUAGUCAGUUCUAGGGUUCUAUCGUGUGGUAAAAAUCGAUUUUAGGUUUCAAAUCGAAUUGGGGAUUUUUUUCGAUUUACGGUUUUCGUCUAGGUUUGUUAUUUUCAGCAUCUCGAAUCGGUUCUUUGUUGUUUGAGAGUUCUAUCGUAUGGUUUUAAUAGAUAUAGGGUUUGAAAUUGAGUUGGGAUUGACUUCUGGAUUGAUUUACGUUCCGUGAAGAGUUAUAAAUAAUUUUACGGUUCGAGAUUGAUUUGUAAAUCGAUUACGGGUUCAGGAUAGUCGAAACCAUUUGUGUUAAGCUAUCCUUAUAGCUAAUUAUGAAUCUGAUAACAUGAUUUUCCUUGCAGGUUUUGAAAUGGAGGAAGAACUUCGCGAUAAGAAAGCACAAAAAGAGUACUACAACAUGAUCGAUUUUGUUGCAAAUGCGCAACAGGGGAUUCCCAAAAUUUGCCCCUGUGGAUCAAUCACGAAAGAAACCGUUGAUGAAGAUGAUACGUACGACUACCUCCCGGGAAAAAGAUACUUUAUCUGCAAAGACUUUGAGAAUGAUGGGCUGCAUUUCAGGCAACCAUGGGUUACGGCUAUUCUUGAAGAAGUUGAGAGGCUCAAAGAACGGUAUCACGAGCAGGCAAAGCUUCUGAGAGAGUGCCAGGCAGUUAAGGUGAGUGAUGAGUGAUCUGUUAUGUCUUUAGGACUUUACUUAUAUGUGGGUAGGACUAUAGUUCUGUAAUAACUGUAUGAUGUAUGUUCAGGACGAGGUGAGAAUGCUGCAGGACGAGGUGAGAAUGCUGCUUAUGCGUGUGGCUGAACUCGAGAGAGCCCUGUGAGGUUAGUGGAUUAAAUUAUCCUUCAUCUCUGCCUCGUGUGAAAUUAGUAGGAGUUUGCAAAUAAUAUCCAUACUGCUUCAUUAAAUCUCGCUUUCAAACGAAAACUUCAUUAACUCACUCUCUAGCUGUUAUGAUAGGACAGUUAGCAAAUAAUAUCCAUACUGCUUCAUUAAAUCUCGCUUUCAAACGAAAACUUCAUUAACUCACUCUCUAGCUGUUAUGAUAGGACAGUUUCCUACUAGGAUUAAAUAGAGUUGAACUAAAGAUCCCUAUUUAAUCUUCUGCGUUUCUACUAGGAGUUAAGGCAGCUAAGGCUGGUAGCAAGAAGAAGAAAGGUGGAAAAGAAGAAGAAUUGGAAAAGAUAGAAGGACUGUUGGCGCUCAAAAAACAAAUCUCUAAACAGAAUGUGCUAGAGAGUUUACUUGCAAAGACUGAGCCACUAGAUGACAUGGAAUUAGCUCUGAAAAUGAAACUUAUGUCUGAAAUGAUGUGAUGAUUGUUAGCUCUAACUUUAGUACACAUUUGCUGUUCGUUUCACUAUGUUUAAUCAUCUCAUUUUCUCUAUUUCAGGUGAUGUACAAGACCAUGUGCCUGACGAAGACAAAAGCUGCUGUCUCUUCCUUAUGUAUUCACGGGAUGCUUGUUUUUUUCUCUUAUUUUUCCAUGUGAACCUAGUCACGGGUACUUUGUCUGUUUAUUAGCUUUGUAUUUAUAAGUCUGGUUGUAGACUCGGCGAAGAGCUAUCUCAUUUGCUCUUCUUGUACUAAAAACUUGUUAUGAUGAAAUUUUAAUUUCGAGUAUCUGCGUUUCAUCAACCCUUCCCUUCAUAUUUGUAUGCUCACGGCAGGUAUGGUCACUGGUUUGUGUUGCCAGUAUGAUAGUAGAGUUUUGUGUUGCUUCUCAAAAUACCAAUUCAAAUCUUUAGUAGGCUUCAAUCCACCAUCGAAUAUUUGAUAUUGUAUAAGGUUGAUACAAUGAUUGAUUGACAACCUAGAAUUAGAUGAUUCUGAUAUAUAAGGUUGAUAUAAUGGUCCAACUAUUCGUACGCACAACUAUGGUUUUGGUUUUAACAAACUUUCUUUUGUAGAUUUAAGAAAGGAUAGUGAAAUAUGGGAGAUGAAGCAGAUCGAAGAUUAUAUGCGGUUUUGGAUGAGGCGGUCGAUGAAUAUAUUGAGGAUACAUUCAACAACAUCGUCGAAAAUCGAACAGUCAAACCGAAGAAACGUGCAUAUGUCGAACGAAACCGCGAAGAGGGCCACAACCGUCUAUGGAAUGAUUACUUCCGUGAAGAUUCCACAUUUCCGGCUCAUUUUUUCAGGCGCCGUUUCCGCAUGAACAAGGAAGUAUUCUUGCGUAUUGUCAAUCGCCUCUCCGAAAAUGUUACAUUUUUUCAGCAAAGAAGAGAUGCUGUCGGACGGUUAGGUCUAUCUCCACUACAAAAGUGUACGGCAGCUAUUCGUAUGCUUGCUUAUGGCUGCACGGCGGACGCCACAGAUGAAUAUCUCCGACUUGGUGAAAGCACAACACUUUCGUGUUUAACUAAUUUUACAGAAAGCGUAAUACAAUUAUUUGGAGAAGAGUAUCUACGAAGACCCACUACAGAAGAUCUUCAACGACUACUCGACAUUGGAGAAAUACGUGGCUUUCCUGGAAUGGUUGGAAGCAUCGAUUGUAUGCAUUGGGAGUGGAAAAAUUGCCCAACUGCUUGGAAAGGACAGUACACACGUGGAUCAGGAAAGCCGACAAUUGUCUUGGAGGCUGUCGCUUCACAAGAUCUUUGGAUAUGUCACGCUUUUUUUGGUCCACCAGGUACCUUAAACGAUAUUAACGUCCUCGAUCGGUCACCUAUUUUUGAUGACAUUUUACAAGGUCGAGCUCCAAGGGUACAAUACGUGGUCAACGGACACCAAUAUGAUAUGGCGUACUACCUCACUGACGGUAUAUAUCCAAAAUGGUCAACAUUUAUCCAAUCUAUCUCACUUCCUCAAGGUCCUAAAGCAGAGUUAUUUGCUAAAGUUCAAGAAUCAACCCGAAAAGAUGUGGAGCGGGCUUUUGGAGUAUUGUAAUCUCGAUUUGCAAUAGUGAAAAACCCGGCUAUUUUGUGGGACAAGAAACAGAUAGGGAUGGUUAUGCGAACAUGUAUCAUACUUCACAAUAUGAUAGUAGAAAAUGAACGCAAUGGAUACACUCAGUAUGAUACAUCUGAAUUUGAAGAAGGAACCUCGACCAGAAGUUCGAAUGUGGAUGCACCCAAUACUUCCGAGAUGCCUCCAAAUCUCGCUAAUAUGCUUCUUAUACGGACUCAUCUUCGUGAUAGGCAGUUACAUGAACGAUUGAAAAAUGAUUUGGUAGAAAAUAUUUGGAACAAGUUUGGUAAUGAUGAAGAUGAAUAAUUAUUGUAUGUUUGCAUUUAAUCAUUCAAUAAAUGAAUUUUCAAUUUUAAUGUUUUGCAACUUUCAUAAUUUUUAAUUUCUUAAAAAAAAAAAAAUUAUAAGGACUUCAUAGUAGUAACAC